AUGCCCAGCCGGUCCAAAACUCGCAGGAAUUCCCGCGAGCCUUUGCAGCUUUACGCACUAAUCAGAAAGAAAGGGAACCUUUCUGCGGCAAACGGCGCCGAGUUAUCUUCUUCUCCCUCUGCCCGGGGAGAUGAGACGAAGGAGAGCCACCCAAAGGGCCCGAGGGGCUACGCGACAAGCAGUAGGCACCCAAUCCAAAUCAGGAGAGCCCACGCCCCCGGAAAAACCUCAGAAAAAUCCAACCGAGAAACUCGUCGCGCCGAGAUCGGUCGCCUGGCUGCGGAGCGGGAGAGCGGGACGGCGGCGGCGGAGCUCACCUCGCGGGGGCGGGAUCAGGCGGAGAGGAGGCGGCGGCGGCGCACCCGAAGCAGCGCCAGCAUCUCGCGCGGUCUGCAGCAGGUCGCGGGCGGGGCGCUCUCUCUCUCCCUCUGUGGCUCGUUGGGAGGUGGGAGGGAGGAUGGGGAGAGGUUGGGAGGGAGGGAUUAUUUAUGGGUUUGGAUUCGGGGCGAUUGCCAUGGUAGGGGGUUAAAAGUGAGACGGGAAGCUGCACUCGCUGUUUUUUCCUCUCCUUUUGGGAGGAAGGGGCAGUAG